GUUGCCGGAUGUUUGUCAUCGCGGGCCGGAAAUGAAGGGAAAGUCUCUCUCUUGAGGAUCUGUGAGGGAGAGGAGGCCGGAGGAGUUGAGUCUCGGACGCGAGGGCGGGAGGAAGGCAGGCCUGCGAGAGGGCCCGGGAGUAGGCCUUCCCCACAAAGCGCCUUCGACGGGGAGAGAGUUUAACAUGUCUUGGCAUUCUAGACAAGGUCAUAUACAUAGACUUGCUUUCUCUUACACAAAAACAAGAAUCUUCCUUCCUCACAUGGUGGUAGGAUCUGUCGAAAGGGAAGCCUUGUAUCUCUCAACAACCCAGAAGAGAGGUUUUGAAAUUUCCAGAUGGGAUUCCCUGCAUGAAAGGCAGCAGUGAACCACUUGAUCCCGUCAAAGGCUAGGAUGCUGCCGAGGAAUGGGAGAGACCCACGUCGCCGAGAGGUGCUCCAGUUUGCAUUGUUUUGCAGAGCUGUCACAUUGCUCCUCCAGGCCCUUUUCAACGUUUUGAUCCCGGAUCAUGUUGCUGAUGCUUUCUCGCCACCACGCUGGUCAGAGACUGGGUUUGCAGACUGGCUAUUGGAAUGGCUCCUGGGAGGCUUAUCCCACUGGGAUGCAGAGCACUUUUUGUUCAUUGCUGAGCAUGGCUACGUGUAUGAGCAUAAUUGUGCCUUCUUCCCUCUCUUUCCCCUGAGCCUGCGAGUAGCAGCAGAAACGGCCCUGUGGCCCUUCCAUGGCUUCCUGUGUCUCCGGAGCCGCCUGCUCCUUUCUGCAGCUCUUCUCAACAGUCUUUUCUCUGUCUUAGCAUCCUGGGUUCUGUAUGAGCUAAGUUGUCUAGUCCUACGGUGUCGCAGGAGGGCUUUCCUCUCAGCCAUCCUCUUUUGCCUCACCCCAGCUAACGUCUUUAUGGCAGCUGCCUAUUCAGAAAGCAUGUUUGCCCUUCUUGUGUUUGCUGCAAUGUGGCAGCUGGAAAAUGGGCAGCGUUGGGCCAGCGUCCUUCUCUUCUCUCUAGCCACUGGGGUACGCUCCAAUGGACUAAUCAAUGCUGGAUUCCUUCUCUAUUCCCAGACAAAAUGCUUUGCCUCCCAACUCCAGGCAAAGACUGGAACUGGAAUAAAACUGUUGCAGAACAUAGGUCACUUCCUAAGCAUGGCAGCUUCUGCGGCAGUGAUGUCUGCCUUUGUUUUCCUACCUUUUGCUUUGUUUCAGUUCUAUGCUUACCAUCGGUUCUGCAAACCCAGUGAACAUGCGGUGCCAGGAAUGCUGUUGCAGCUGGCUGUUGACAAAGGCUAUCAUGUAGCAAGCGUGAAUAAUGGUGAACAGCCAUGGUGCUCCUGGAAUUUUCCUGUGCUCUAUAUCUAUAUUCAAGAUGCUUACUGGAAUGUUGGUUUCCUCCGGUACUUUGAACUCAAACAGAUCCCCAACUUUAUACUUGCUUCACCUACUAUUUUGCUGGGAUCUUGGUCAGUUUGGUGGUAUGUGACAGCAAACUCUUGGCAUUGCCUGACACUUGGCCUGGUGAAAAGAAAGAGUGGAAUGAAGAGAGAAGACAAGCCGGCUGCUGGUUUCUCCUCUCCUGCUGUAUUUGUUUACAUGGUCCACGCAGCAGCUUUGUUGAUAUUUGGAACUUUUUGCAUGCACGUACAGGUCCUAACCCGUUUUUUGGGCUCCUCAUCUCCGGUCCUUUAUUGGUUUUCUGCUCAACUGCUUUACGACCAUGAACCUUUACUGCAGAGCAGGGCUGCAGAUCCUUGCUGUGGAAGGGUCCGCUCUGAGAAAACCCCAUUGAAUGACUCUCUUUGGGACAGAAAGGAAAACGUAGUGCUGGCGCUUCUGAGCAACUGGAGAAAAACUACGUCUCUCACCCAGUGCAUUCUAGGAUAUGGACUUUCCUAUUGGUUCCUGGGUCUGGCCCUUCAUUGCAAUUUUUUUCCUUGGACAUAAGUGUUUUAAAACAAGGGAAGCGAGUUUGUUGAACUCUAAUUGGGCUGCAGUUGGCUGGAUUGGGGCUCUACUAAUCUUGAUGGAAGAGCAUGUUAGAAACUAAAUGUUGUGGAUUAAAUAAAAUUAAGGGGGAUGUUUAAUUUUCCCAACAGAUGCACUAUUACCGUAUAUACUCGAGUAUAAGCCGAACCGAAUAUAAGCCGAGGCACCUAAUUUUACCACAAAAACUGGGAAAACGUAUUGACUUGAGUAUAAGACGAGGGUGGGAAAUGCAGCAGCUACGGGUCAAAUUCAAAAAUAAAAAUAGAUAUUAAUAAAAUUGCAUUCUUUGAGGCAUCAGUAUGUUAAUGCUUUUGAAUAUUUAUAUAAAACUGUAAUUUAAGAUAAUAAUAAGACUGUCUGUUAUAAGAUAAGACUGUCCAACUCUGAAUACCUAUAUACUCAAAUAUAAGCCGACCUGAAUAGAAGCCGGCCAGGACCCUCACUCGAGUAUAAGCUGAGGUGAGCUUUUUCAGCCCUAAAAAAAGGGGUGAAAAACUAGGCUUAUACUCGAGUAAUAUACAGUAUAUUUAUAUAGACACCUGAGACAAAGAGGUUACGAGGUUGCAUUUAGAAAAGAGAAGGGCAGUGGGAGUGCAGGUGGGUGAUAAGAAUGAUAGGAAAAUAGAGGCUUUUUGUUUAGAUGGAUGUGCAGAUAUAUGCAUCAUCAUAGGCCAAAUACUCAUGGCUGAUCAUGACUGUCUUCCAAGGGUAACGUCUUGGUGAUGGGUUCAUAAGUGACUGUAUGGUAAAUGAUAGAAAUACAGUAGAGUCUCACUUAACCGACAUUCACUUAUCCAAUACAGUCUGCCUUUUAGUAGUCAAUGUUUUUGUAGUCAAUGUUUUCAAUAUAUUGUUAUGUUUUGGUGCUAAAUUCGUAAAUACAGUAAUUACUACAUACAUUACUGCAUAUUGAACUACUUUUUCUGUCACAUUUGUUGCAAAACAUGAUGUUUUGGUGCUUAAUUUGUAAAAUCAUAAUCUAAUUUGAUGUUUAAUAGGCUUUUCCUUAAUUUCUCCUUAUUAUGCAACAUAUUCGCUUAUCCAACGUUCUGCUGGCCCGUUUAUGUUGGAUAAGUGAGACUCUACUGUACAGAUAAAGAGUGGAAUGUAUAAUAGAGAUUAAAGGAAUCAAUGUCUCCUGUAUUAUAAAUGUAUCACAAUUGUACUUACUCGGUUUAUAUAAUAAUAAAUAUAUAUAUUUUUAAAAAACUGAUAAAAUAAAGGAGCACAAGCAGCUAAAUAAUUUUAGACCGAAAACGGGCAACAGCGACCGCAUUGUCUGUAGCUUGAAACAGUUCUUCCUCUUGUGCAUGAGGCAGAACAUUGAGGUCAAGCAUACAGGUGCUGUGUUGUUUGUUCUACUCCACAAUCGCACAAGGCGGAGGAUUCUAGGUAGCACCAUUUUGCCAGGCUGGGCUACCACUAAGUUUCCGUAGGAUAUUAUUGCGUGCAGCCACUUUGUGCUUGCAGGCCAGAAAAAAAAUUCGGGUGGGGCUGACAUUUUUUCCUCCCAAUAUGACUUUUCAGGUCAGUGUCUCCUGAUCUGGCACAAGAUCUCACUUGACCUCCGCUGGGAAGUAGCAGCCAGCAAUGAAAGAACCAAGGCAGUGACAUCUCCAGCCCAUCUCCUGUUCGGGUAUCAGCCAGCACUCCAACGCCUUAAAUCAAGAAAUAGCUAAGAUCUACAGAGAUACUCACAGGAACACCUCAGCAAGCAAAAGUCCAAAAGUGGCAGGCUAAAACCAAGAACCUCAAUCAGUGGCUGAGACGGGAUGAGACCAGAAGACUAGGCGACUUGGAAGGUGCUGAACAGACCACGAGAUGCUGAGCCAAGGUUAAGAAAAGUGGAGUCCACGACAUGCGAGUGUGGAGAAGCGCAAACCACAGACCACUGACUCCAAGGCAGCCUGGGCCCUGCCACGCGCACAAGGGAGGACCUUCUCACAGUGACACCAGAGGCACUCCCAAGUGGCCAGAUUCUGGCCAAAGGACAUUUAGUGUGGGUUGUUGGAGUGGUCAAGCAUUUCUGUGUUCUCAAAUAAUAUCCUGUGUCCAAGUUGGUUCAUCAAGUGCUCUGCUGUGGCUGAUUUCUCUGGUUGAGUGAGUCUGCCGUGCCUCUCAUGUUCUUUGACUCAUGCUUGACCACUCCAACAACUAUCAUGUCCGACUACACAGAGAAGCCACUGAAAUCCACAAACAUGUGGACAACUUCAACAGAAAGGAGGAAACCAUGAAAAUGAACAAAAUAUGGCUCCCAGUAUUAAAAAACUAAAAAAAUCAGAACAGUAAAUAAGAAGCAACACUGAAAACAGGGGAGUUCCAGACAUGGGAACCAGGGGCAGCUAACGACUCUGAACAUAGGAUGGCCCCAGCCAGGAAGAAGCCAGGAGACACUGCACUUUAUUCCUCUGCCCCAAAGCAUUUUAGAAUAUAACCUUGUAUUUUAGUUCUAGUAGUCCCUCCAGGCCAUCCUCUCCUCCAUCCCAGUGGUCUUUUUUCUUUUCAGAUUCAUAUGAUAUUUGAGUGAUUAUAUUCCUUUUGUUUAUGUGAUUGUUUUAGUCAAUUGUUAUGUUUUGUUUUUAAUUCUUCCAGCGUUUUAUAUUGUUUUCAGUGUUUUAUUGUACAAUGUUUUAUGCCGAUUUUAUAUUGGAAACCACCCUGAGUCCCGUUCGGGAGAGAGGGCGGUAUACAAAUAAACUUUUACUUACUUA